AGCGGGCUUUCGUUCUGUGAUAAGCCACGUGCAUAGAGGUGCGUGCCUCCAUCUCCACCCCCCUCGCCUCUUGCGGUUCCUCUUCAACCGAGAAACGCGCUCUUUCUUUCCUUCCUUCUUCGCCUUUUGUAGCGAAGUGGUGGAGUGCAAUCGUCGGCAACGACAUCGCCUGUCCCCAUCCUUGCCACCUCCACUUGUAAAGCGGUAACAACACUUUGCACACAUCCACAAAAGAAAACAAGAAUAUUUGAAAGAACCCACGCCAGUUUCAGCCGCAACAAGAAGCAUGCGGGCGUCUCUCCCACGCCGUCUCAGCGCGGCGAUGACGCGGGCGGGCAACACCGUCGGUGACGAGCUCUUCCCUGUCUUGGUGUGGCUGACCGUCUUCGGUGCCACCCGCCUCGCCCCCUCCCUCAUCCUGCGCCUCUCCAUCGCGGUGCCACAGUCGAUGGAUUUUCCUCCGCUGCUGCGGUGGCGACGUACCUCCUCGCGCAGCGGCCUCACCGCCGAUGAGCUGUCGGCGCGACUUGCGGACACGAUCAAUAACUCGCCGUCUCGCUCUAGCGACAGCGGCAGCGGCGGUGGUACGGGGGGCGCCGGCGCUGCUUUGCUGUCGGGGACGUCGCACCGCAUCGCGGAGAGUCUCUUCUCCCUCCUUACCUACCCCCAGCGCCUCCUCACGUACGUGCUCUUUCAGCGCACUCAGCGCGCCGCCUUACAGGCGAGCGACACCGUCCAUCGCAACCGGCCAGUUGCGGUGAGGUUGCUGCUGCGCCUCGUGACAAGCUUCACCGCGACGUGGGUGCACGCCAGCGGCCACAUGCUCUACGACACCCUCGUCACCUACCUCAGCACUCGCAUGAGCACGUGGAGUAGCGGCGGGGCAGCCGGCUUCGUGCUCGGCAACGGCGGACCCGGUCAGAACACCUCCUCCGUGCGGCUCAGCAGCGGCUGGCGCGAUCUGCUCGUUGCCUCCUGCGUCUCGACGGGCAUUAACCUUCUCUUGCAGACGUUCUGGCUGGAGGCGAUGACGAACGUGGGCGAGCUGCGCACGCUGGGCCGGCGCCCGGCUUCUCCGGUGGCGGACGGCGACGCAGCAAACGGCUUCACACACACCGCGCUGUCUACCUUGUUGCGGCUCGGCAGAAAAGACACGCUGUUCCGACUGGGGCGCAUGGCGCUGCGGUCCCCCGAGCCAGCGCAUACGCCGCCCACCGCAGCAUCGUCGCCGACGCCGCCACCGCCCGCCGUUUCUACGCCUGCGGCUUCUGCCCACGGGCCCGCUCGUGCCCCGCAGCCCGCACGCGUAUUCCUGUGUGGCGGCAACGCCUUCGUCUUCGCCCUCAGCGGGUUUCGAUUCGCCUUCUACGCCGACUUCCAGCAGCUCACCACGUCGGCGGCGAACUGCCUGACCGACGCGCUCGAUCUUCUGCUGCGGCAGGCAAAUCAGCGCGCCGCUGCCCAGCGCUACCACGGCAGCAGCGGCGCGACGGCGAUGGGCGAGGGGCACACCUGGCGACCCCCUGUAAGUCUGCAGGCGCAGGGUCUGGCCUCCAGCAGCGACGUGGUGCUGUCGCCGGCCUCCUCCAUGCAGCUGCUGCCGAUAUACGUGGCUAACUUUGUCGUGGGUGCUGGCGCAGGUCUGCUGUGGCGCGAGCAACGCCUUGUCAUUGCGGCCGGUCGCAAGAUUCCGCUGGUGCGGAACGUGCUAGAGGUUCUUCUGCCGCUGCCCCCGCCGCCGCUGAGGCUGCCGGAGGCGCUGCAGGAGCUCAGUCCGGAGUGUCACAUCUUGCUAAUUUACGUGUCGGGUGCGACCGAGGUGGUCGGCGAGGACCGCGCCGCACCGCUCGUGAAGCGAGACGGGGCGGUAGAGACCACCAACGCCACCGCCGCUGCUUCUGCUUCCCCUUCGGUGCAAGGGCCACAAGAUGGUGGUGCAGCUUACUACGCUGACGCACCGCCCCCGUCGUCGGCGCUUCCGGUGUGUGUGCGGGCGCGCAUCGUCGUCGCGCAAGAUCUGUUCUGCCCGAUUAAGCGCACCUUGAUGUGCGACCCGGUGCAAACGGUGGACGACUUCACCUACGACCGCGACGGCAUCGAGCAGUGGCUGCGUGCGCAUGACACGGCCCCGCUCACGAACUUGCAUCUGGAGAGCGUCGCGGUGCGCGUGAACUGGGCAGCGCGGCGGCAAGUGGAGGAGUUAAUGGCGCAGUACGCAGCUGCCACCGAGAUGCGUUAA